AUGGGCGAAGAAGAAGGCGGCCACUCGCCAAACCCUAAUAGUAAGGUUACGUGGGAGGGCUGCAGCGUCCUGCUCGACAUCAACGGUGGCGAUCGGCUCGUGUUCGCCCGUCUCUCUCCCGCAGCGUGAGUCUUCAGCAUCGUUUUCCUCUCUCUCUCUCUCUCUCUCUCUCUCUCUCUCUCUCUCUCUCUCUCUCUCUGUGUUGACUUGACCAGGUUUGCGCUGCGCAUGAUGGACCUAUGAUUUCCUAGCUUUGUAUCUGUUGCUGAGACACAGGUCUCUGAAGAUUGGAGACAAGAAAUGCUCAUUGCAGCCGCUGGUCGGCUGUCCCUUUGGGUCACUUUUCCAAGUAGAGACCGGACCUAAGGGUGCUCAUCUGGUGCUCGUCUCCUCCCCUGCCUCCUCUUCUCCGGGGAUGACCGAAGGUGGGCGUUGACAUUGUCGUCAUUUUUCUUCGUUUGCUUAUUCGCCUACUUAGGGAUACAGCUUCUGCAUGUGCUGGUUACGGUGUAAAGAAGGGAUUUUGAUCUAUUUUGUGCAAAGAAGGGCGAGACGUCCUUGCAUGAGAAUUGAAUAAGCUGGAAUAUUACCCCAUGAUUCUGUGAUCUCCAAGAAUCCUGAUAUUCACCCAGAUACGUACUUUUUUGGUAUUUUGAAUAAGACGAUCCGAUCGUAUUGAUAUCACUCUUCUUGAUUCCUUCAUUGGAUUCAGAAUGUUGACCUUGCAUUUUAUUUUAAUUCAUAUACUCCAGUUUUAAUUCCAAUAUGGAUCCACGAUUUAGCAUUCCGAAUGAUCUUUAACAAGAAACGGAAGGACGUUGAGUGUAAUUUGAUAUUCUGAUAUUUUUUGAUGUGAUCGAAGGAAUUGCUAUUCUUCAUUAUUCGGUUAUUCUCUAGUGUAGAUUAUAAGAAAAUAAAUUCAUAAUGCUUUUUGCAUCCGAAAAUCACUGGUCAAGCCGACAUCCAAAAAUCACGGUUGGGGCAGAGUAAAUUGAUGGGAUCGAACAUACUCAAGCCAGAAUGCGUUGGUAGGGGAGCGUUCUGCCUUAGAUAGAAGCACCCGUGCAAGUGGGUGUGGACGAAGCAGAGAUUAGAAUGUCGGCUUGAGUAAUGGAUACAAUUGAUGAUAAUCAAAUUCCCCAACAACCUAAGGGUCGUAAGGUUCGUCCGCGGAAAUCCAAUGUAUACUUUUCCGUGCUUCUAAUGCUUAAUCCCAAGUAUUUACUGCAACAUCUGACCUCUUGAUGAACUUUCUGUGCUAUGCUUGUAUGUUUUUCUCUGAAGCUUUUUCUCAUUUAGCAGGUAUGGAUCCGCAGGAGAAGAAUGAUGGAAAAUUAAAAGGUGACGAAAAGGAUAAUAGGGCGUUGAUUGAUGACAAUCGAGCCCAAAAUUUAACUGGUGAGGACAUAGAUGCUAUGCGAAGGUUAGUAACAAUCCCUUUUAUUGUCAAGCAUAUGCGAUUAAUUUUGACGAAAAAAAGUGUUCUUCAUGACAAAGAUUCUCUUCAGUUUUUGCUGACUUAGAGAGAGGAGAGUUUGUACCUGAGAUUUUUACCUCCUUUUCGCACUGGGGAUGGUGACUUCUUUCUAUGUCUUGUGUUUUGUCUUUUUUCCCAUGAUGAUGACUCUAUAAGCACAAAAUGCUUUCAAUCUUAAGAUAUCUAUGCAUGGAUCAUUGUUGCAAGAUCGUACCAGCAAUCUGGAACUUACUAGGCUCUCUUUCACUUCUAUUGUCACCCACUAAGUCCAACUAAUUGGGGCUAUGCAUGCAUAGGAUGUCCUGCAAUGGCACUCUAUCUGCGAACAAGAAGAUAAUGUGCGAUCCAUGUGAGGGCCCUCCUUCAUAUUGGGCUUGGGACCGGCAGUAUGAAUGGUGGCGACCUGUAGUCUUCUAAUGCAGGAGCUCACUAUGCAUUGUAGUUUUUCUAGGUUUUUCCUUAUUUUGUUGAAAAGUUUAUCCGUUCAUUGCUUGUUGCGUUGCAUAACACAUAAACAUAAUACCAUCUACAUAGUCAGAUGCUUGGGAAAGAUACCGGAAUGGGUGAGGGAAGAGCUCAAACGACACAAAACUGUAGAAAUGAGAUAAAUAUGAGCUAUAUUUAUAAUGAUCCAAAAGAUUCCUAUAUUUAGAGUCAUACUGAUCUUGCAUAGAAUACCCUCACCAAAUGGCCAGAAUACCCUCAAAUAUAACAACUUUUAAGGGCGGUUAUGUCAAAUGCGAAAAUAUGAAAACAUUUGCAGAGGGCUACAUCUGGAUUAUGCUAGGUUCUGUACGUCUGUACUGUGCUCUAUUACAUAUCACCUCUUCAUCUUAAACUUUGACAUAUCUAAUUUAUCUAGAUAUUGAGCUGAUUCAUCUGACUUAUAUAGAUAUGGUGAUCCGAUCCUUAAUGUCAACGGAUGCUUCCCCAUGCUUUUCAAGGAAGUGUAUUAUGGAAUUUUCUGUAAUCGAACAGAACUUAUCGAAAAUUCCCUAUCAUGGCACAUUCCAGGAUCAGGAUCCGCAGAUUAUUUGGCCUUUUAUUUAUUUUGAGAAUUUCAUAUAAUUAAUCGCUGUGUGAUCAUUUUGUCAUUCUGACUUCAUUGGAGUGUAUUUCUAGUAGUGCUAUCUCUUGUGAUCUCUCUUAGCUCUUUAUGUCCAGACAGUUUUUUGUGGCUUUCAUGAUUCAUUCUGAUUGCUUUUUUGGUACCUAAUCUCUUUAUUACUGACGAAAGCGGAGCACCUGUUUGGUUUUCUGCUGACCCCCUUAGCAUUCACCUAGAUUGUUUAAAUGCCUCCAGAUUACCCUCAUUGUUCCGCCCAUUUUUCUACUCACCUGAUUCCUGACCAUUAAAUUCUGUUCGCAUUUGAUACAUUUUGUAUUUUAUUUGAAUCGCCAAACCUCCCAUUCCAUCUUUUCAAAACCUGCCGUUGUGAGCUAUUGACGUUGUAUUUUCUUAACAAUGCUGAAGAAGUUGAUAUGUUUACCUUAUAUGCUCGACUUAUACUAUCCAUUUAAUAUGCAGGUGUGGUGCAUCAGGUGAUGAAAUAAUUGAAGCUCUAAUAUCCAAUAGCUCAACAUUUGAAAAGAAAACUGUGUUCUCACAGGUAGCCCUAAGAUUAGCUAUUGUAAACUUACUAGCUCUCAUCUGUUCGGUACUGAUGAGAACUACAUUUACAGGAGAAAUAUAAGCUAAAAAAGCAAAAAAAAUAUGCUCCUAAGGUGCUUUUAAGACGCCCUUUCACCCGAAGGUAAUGUCUGCAGACUUCAAUUACACGUACAUCUCACUUCUGUUAUUGUUUGUACAAUGAUGAGACGACCUUUCACCUGAAGCCAAUGCUGUCCAGCCAAAUAGAGAUACAAAUAGGAAUUUUCAUGUACCACACCUUGUCAUAAUGGAAUUGCCAUGCAUGGCUAACAUCAAUAUCUAAUCUUGAUCCGUAGAUAAAGCAUUACAGGAGCUAGUGAAAUUAAUGACAUACAUUAUGACGGUCCUUUUUCAGUUCAUCAUUGAUUAGUGUUGUUAAACUCGUGUAGCUUCUUGUUUUAGACUUAAAUGUUCAUUGAUAACGUCCAUAAAAGCGUUGCUUUUGCUUCAUUGAUGCUGUCAUUUGGUGCUUGAUACCCCCCCCUCUGCCAUGGUAUGGAGUGCUGUUCUUACUUUCUUAACUCGUAUUUCUUUGUUCUCGAGUCUGCGUAUUCUUUCAACACCUGACCUUUUUGUAAUUAACCCGAGAAGCUUCUUCACAUAGUCCCUUAUGGAUAUUAGACGCCAACAUCCUCACACUUUUAUAUAAUGAAACAUAUUGACUGCUGUACCACUGGGAACUCCGAAUGCCCUGACAAAAGUUGACAUUUAUCUAAAAAACCUUGGGACAUCCUUAUAUAACUCAAAUCCAUUGGGCUUGAGUUGAGUUCGUCCACAUAUUUAACCUAGUGAUUUAACUGAUUCCUUUCAUUAUGAACAUUUGUUUUCCAAUUCAGAUCCGAGUUGGCUUUGUUUAAUGAACUCUUUUAUGCAGUCAAAUAGACAUGGCUCACAAGCCAUGACCAUGGUUAGAGCUAUGGUGCCAUGCUGAGAAAUCGAACUGUUCAACUGAAGAUCAAUUUACCGUUAGUGGAUUAAGUUCAUAUGUUUAACCUCGUGAUGAAAUCUCCACUCUGGGAUUAGUAGAAUCUCAAAACUGGUUCUCAAAGAACGGAGUUGGUGCAUAUCUCAUGCAUAAAGUCUUACUUUCAUUCUGAGAUUAUAAUAACAUGCUGUCGCUCCCACCCAUCCACCCAUACACAUUCAAGUUUUGUUUUUUUUAUGGCUCCACCAUGUAGAGUGCAUAAAUGGGACGACGAACACAAAAUCAGUAGUGUGAAAGAAUCAAACUGUCCAGGUCAAGCGCGAUUGUCCUAGAGUAGAGUAGGCCCACAUAUGCUACAUUCAUCUUUUCCCUUUCGAUGUAAUUUGUCUAUUUUUUUUAAGAACAGUGACACAUGCUCCACCAUGUUGAUUGUGCUCAACAGAUUUUUCUUGUUUUUGUUUAUGAAGCACCUGUUAAAAUUUAGGUUUUUGCUCAUGGGUAAACAUUGCGGAAUGCUUUUCCAUAAGGUUGCAAUGUAUUCUCAUUUGGUCUCGUUUUGCCUCCACUUUGCAGCAUUUGUGAGGCAUACUUCAAGAAGUAUCCUUCUCGUAUAGGGUAAAUUCCCUCAUCUUUGGCCCUCACAAGUUUUUUUUUCUUUCUUUUCAUGGUCCUUUUGGUUUUAUUCUCACUAUCAGCCGUUGAGAUGACAUUCAUAUGCUUAUCUUAAACAUACCAUUCAAAUAGCCUCAUGUCCUUGGUUAAACUUAUCUUAAUUGCUCGCGGAAAAUAAACUAACCCUUCUUCCUAGUAAUUCCAAAGAAAUUUGAGACUCAACAAGACUGGAAAAUUUAAAUUGGGGAAGAACAUUAUGAAAACUCUUGAUUAAUAGUCAGUACAAUCUGAGAUUUAUGGUGGUAUGAUUUAGAAAUCAUAGUUACAAACCAGAAACCACAAGAUACUGCAUAAAAAAAAAUGCUUAGGUCAUGUAUGUUAUAUAGCUGGCGGAUGAUCAGAGCUGGGAGGAUCGAGCAUUUGCCACAAAUAUUGCUGGCAUGUGGUAUUGCGCUCUGAUCACAUAAUCAGUAGACAACGGAACAUUUUCUAGAUUAGUUAUUAAUAUAAAUAUUAGGACAUUUUUGAGCUCAGACAUGAAAUCCACAGAUCUUGGCAUGUAGACCGAUAUGUCCGGUUUAACAGUCUCCAUUAGUAAUGUCUAGAUAUUCAGAACUUUAAAAUAUUAUUAAAUCUCACAGAUAAUAAUUAUCCUCCAUAGUUUAUCUUCGUUCUCCUCAUUGUCAUAAGCAUAUGCAAGUCCUUGGAUCUCUGCCGAUAUAUGCAUGAUAUGGAUGAUUUAAUUCUCUAUGUGAGAAAUAAACCUCCACAUAUGCUUAAUAGGAUUUGCAUGUAUGUGCUGCUGUCUGAAAUUAGUGCUGGGUUGAAAAUUUGAAUUUUCUCUUUAUAAUAAUAAUAAUAAUAAUUAUUAUUAUUAUUAUAUCAUCAGCCAGAAAUAAAACCAUUGGCCCACGAUGAGAUAGAUAAGAGAGAUUUUAAUGGCUGAUACAGGAAAUCGGUUUGAGCAUGUUACUUUUUCGUGGGCUGUGGUUGCAUCAGAAGCGCACAACGUAUUUUAAUUUAUUUCUGACGGUUUUCUAAAUAUCCAAUCCACUUUGGUGGUUGUCAGGUUCUUGCGGGUCGAUACAUUAUCUCUCCUGCUCUCCAUGGCUAACGUCGGUGCCUAUUCGGAUGUCCUUGUGGUGGAUAUGGUUGGAGGUAUUCUUACUGGUGCUGUUGCAGAGCGCCUAGGAGGUGAAUAUGGAUCUAACGAAUCAUCUAGAGAAAAAAAUAAAUAAUUCACUUUUGCCUUGCUUGAUCUUCAGUUUCAACGAGUUCCUCCAGCUAUUAUGAUUCUCGUAUCCUUGAUUCUCGUCCUUGAUCUUUCAUGAAUCUGAAUGUAGAGAGAGAAGAAAUCUUUGCAUUUAGAAAAAAAAAAAACAGUUUUUCUUAAGCGUUCGGUUGUUGGCACUGAUGGGUCAUGCUUUGUGUCCCACGAAUGCGUUGACUUUGAUCAUGUUGACUUGUGAUCAAAGCAUUUUUGUUGAUAUAAUCCUCUUUCUUUUAAUAGGUACCGGCUAUGUAUGUUGCACCUACCCUGGCUCUGCGCCAUAUUCCAUUGACAUUGUGAGGAUGUUCAACUUCAGCAGUGAGAUUUGCAGCAGGUGGACUUUUUGCCAUAUUUACGUCAGAAUGCAGAUUUAAUCGAUGCGAUUUAAACCACCAGAUUAAGAUGUUGUUGUUGAUGCAGGAUCGUGCAGACAUCGUCAUCCAGUCUCCUUUCAGCUCAAGAUGGAGAUGAUGAGGACGAUUCGUCUUCUGAUCCCCCCUCCAACAAAGAUAACGGUUCAAUGAUCUCAUCAGACGAGCAGAGUAAGAAGUCAACCACUGAUGGUUCACCUGUUCCUGUGCCCACGAGUGUGGUCAACGCCCCGCCGACCAAGAAAUCUGUGAAUCCGGGGAUGCCGGCCUCGCCAGAUGCGAUCAAGUUGUGGAAGCGGAGGGGUUUCAGCAGGUACGACCUUCACCGGAGUUGACUUCGACCUGGAUUCGUGGCCCAUUAUUCUCCUAUUUUUUGGCAGCCUCAUAGUCGCAGCGCCAGACAUGGACGCGUGGAGCAUGGUUGACGAGCUCCUCCCACUUCUUUCCUACUCCUCCCCAUUUGCCUUUUACCACCAAUAUCUUCAGGUUUGACUUUUUUUCCCUCUCUCCAUUGUCUUCACGUCCUCGGUGUUUUGACUUUUCUCACACCCGGAAAAUAUGCAGCCUCUGGCGACGUGCAUGCACAGGCUACAGACGGAGAAGAAGGCGGUCGCGUUGCAGGUCUCCGAGUCUUGGCUGCGCGAGUACCAGGUCAGCGAUUCAAAAUCUUAGAGGCCCACGUAGUGACCUACUGUUGACUAAUAACGUUUCCGUUAAUUCGACCGUUGGUGGUGCAGGUUCUUCCUUCACGGACACACCCCCACAUGCAGAUGAGCGGCUCCGGCGGGUAUAUUCUGAGCGGCACCAGAAUAUUCGACUCCUGA